UAUCCAAACACCCAUCUGAAAGGGGGGAAACCUCAAAAAUCCAUAUGGCUGAUUUCACAUCAGAUUUGCAGAACUUUAAACAAUCAUUUUCUUUCUUGGAUAUUGAUCCUACGGCCAUGGAGUCAUCACUUGCUGGUGUGCUAAACCAAAGCGUCAUAGACGAUUCAUCUGCCUUGAAUUUCCAAAGCUUCUUCCCCUUCUCCAACCAAAGCUUCUUCAACAACCAAGGUGCUGAAAUUCUGGGAAACUGCCGAGAAAAUCUGCCUGGUUUUUUCCAUGAUACCAAUCAGGGUUUAGCUGCAGCACUAUCAGUUUCUCAGUCACCCAUUGCCACUGCUAAAAGAGAAUUCCUCCAGGAAAACAACAAGAGGAAAUCGUUGGAUGUCUCGGAAAGUAGUUCUGGCAAUUCAUCGUCUCCACAAGCUUUUGAAAGCCGGAUCAAGAGAAGAAAUAAUACCGGUAGAGGGAAAAGAGCAAAAAACAACAAUGAAAAGGAAGAAAAGAAACCAAAAGAUGUUGCCCAUGUGAGAGCCAGAAGAGGUGAAGCUACUGAUAGUCAUAGUUUAGCUGAAAGGGUUAGAAGAGGGAAAAUCAAUGAGAGACUAAGAUGCUUGCAAGAUAUUGUCCCUGGAUGCUACAAGACCAUGGGCAUGUCAGUCAUGUUAGAUGAGAUCAUCAAGUAUGUGCAGUCCUUGCAGAAUCAAGUUGAGUUUCUUUCACUGAAGCUGACAGCAGCAAGCACUUAUUACAACUUCAACUCAGACUCAGAUGCCAUGGAAAGAUUGCAGAGGGAAAGAGUUCAUAUGAUGAGAGAAGGAGAUGUUGGAGGGGUAGGAUGCUUGUACUCAUCAUCAUCAACAUGGUCCUCUUUCACUUAAUUUGCCAUGCAAAUCAUGAAAUUCCAGCUUAGCUAGAAUAUGUGAAAGAAAAAUUAUACUUGUAAUAUUGCACAGAAUAUUUCAGAAGAAUCAUAUGUUAUUACACAUAAUGUAAUAUGUGAAUUUCGGUCUUUUUACUUGUCGUUUUCAUUUGAUUUAAGGUCACAGCCAUGCCAUGCAACAAAA